GAGAUGGCGCAGUAGAGUGACGCAGCCGCUCGGUGCAGCUGGACAUGGCGGCGCUGCUGAGAGGUCUGCGGGCUGGAAGGGCACUACGGGGGCUGAGCAGCGUUGUUGCUGCGCCGACGGCAGCGAACCCUCAGUGCCCCGGCUUGAGUCGAGGUUUCCACCGAGCAGCCCUGAGGCUGCAGGACGAGUCCAAAUCUGACAAACCUCCGUCCUCAUCUUCAUCCACAACCUACCACGAGCACUACCAGGCCCACUCUGCAGAACAUGACACGGCAGAAGCUUCCCAGCAUGACUCGGCAUCUGACCCGGCAGCAGAGCAGCCCGAACGGCCAAACACCAGCUACCAGGACCAGAGCGGCGAGCAGGGCGAAGAGUAUGAAACCGAGGAGCAGCUUCAGGCUCGAAUCCUGACGGCGGCGCUGGAGUUUGUCCCCCAACACGGCUGGUCGAUGGAGGCGAUCGCUGCCGGAGCUGAGACUCUGGGUCUGUCCUCGGCGUCCAGCGGGAUGUUCUACAACGGAGCAGGAGAUCUGGUUCUGCAUUUCAUCGCUCAGUGCAACUCGCAGCUGACGGAGAUUCUGGCUGAGCAGCACAACCAGAUCCAGCUGGGUCAGGCCGAGCAGAAGAAGACGGCCGACUUCCUGAGAGAAGCCGUGGAGACCCGACUGCGGAUGUACAUCCCCUACAUGGAGACCUGGCCUCAGGCGAUGAGCAUCCUGCUGCUGCCCCACAACAUCCCCGACAGCCUGAAGCACCUGUCCUCUAUGGUGGACGACAUCUGGUACUACGCCGGCGACCGGUCCACAGACAUGAACUGGUACACCAAGCGGGCCGUGCUGACGGGGAUCUACAACACCACCGAGCUGGUGAUGCUGCAGGACUCCUCCCCGGACUUCCAGGACACCUGGAGCUUCCUGGACAACCGCAUCCAGGACGUGGUCAACAUGGCCGGCACAGCCAAGCAGGUGCAGGCGACCGGUGACGCCGUGGUGCAGGGGCUCAUGGGAGCUGCUGUAACACUGAAAAAUCUCACAGGAAUCAACCAGAGGCGAUGAUGUGGAGCAACUCUCCGUCACACCGACCAUCCGAACCUACAACGCGAGCUGAAGAUCAACUUUCUUUCUGCUCGUAUUUCUGAUUGACUGUAAUAAAUGUCUCUGAGGUUUUGAAUUGGGGCUUUUAUUCAGUAACGUGUCCGUCUGCUCACCUGCAGGACCGGCGGCGGCUUUGUUCUGCUUCGUCUCACUGUCCAAGAUUUCACUCUCCUGCUCAGAUCAUCUUCAUCCUUUGUAUAGAAGGAGCACGAUCUGUGGUUGAAUCACGUCAGAGUUCAAUAAAGUAGUUGUUGUAUAUUUA